AUGCCUCCACUGUCGGAUUAUACUCCUUUUGAAUCGCUGUUAUUCUUUCAGUCCCUCGCCACUCUCGAUGCCCGCCCCGCUAGUUUCGUCUCGAUCUCCGAUGUCUUGCGCAACAACCCUUUUAUCCGGCAUAAUGUCGCCUUCAACGCUGACCGCCUUAGCCCUGAAGCUUUAGAGGAUCUGUACUCCACCUUGAUACGUGAUGGACUAGAGUCCGCCUCUGCUGUUUCGUCCUCUGAGCAGCAGAAUGGUCAUCGCGCGGAUAGCCCCGGCUCUAGCAACCCUAGGAAGCGCAAGAUUUCGAGUCCCCGACCGGAUGGAUUCGUCGACAAGGGUGUGGCCCAUGCCCGGAUUGUUCCGGAUUUGGUAUCCCAUCUCUACGCGAAGUAUAAGGAGCUAGUAACCCGGGAGAUCAGGAGUGAAGAAAGGAGAUACAAGGAUAUCCGUGAUGAGAUUGAACGACUACAGGAGGAGCGCCAGGUUCCUGAACCGAUCCCGGUCCAAGAGCCUGCGCCGCCAGUAGUUCAGCAGGCGAAGCCGGAGCCAGUUGCAGCACCAGCGCAGAUACCAGUACCAGCUUCAGUGUCAGAACCAGAGCCGAUGGAUAUGGAUGUGGAUGUCAAGGAGGAGAAUAAGCCUGUGUCACAACCGGUCAAAGAAGUCACCAAACCUGUUGAGCCUACGCCGGCAAUCGUUCAGCGACCCCCAGAGCAGCAACAGCCUAAGGUAGCUGUGCCUCAACAACCGUCAAAGACAACGCCGCCAAACGCAGCACGGGCACCGCCGCCACCGCCUAUUCAACCCGUUGGACAGCCACAUGGUGCUGCUGGGGGUUUUCAGCAGCAAAAGCAGCAGCCCCAGCAGAAACAGCAACCACCGUCGCAACCGCAGCCUCCUCAACCUGUUACGCGCAUGAGCACUGACCAACCACCCCAGCCCCAGCCGGUCAGUGGGAAACCACCAUUGGUACCUCAACAGUCCAAUAUUGCACGGAAUGCGCCUCCAACCCCCGGAACGAACGUACCUGCAGCACCCCAGGUUUCAUCUCCCUCUGUCGCGGCCGCUGCCGAUACUCCUGCACAGACUCCUGCGGUUCCGCUUCCGCAAGCCCCGCCAAGUGCUAAUGUCCCAGUUCCUUCUGCUCCGCCAUCAGCCCCGACCGCUAAACCAGCUGUCAAACCAGUUGCCAAAAAAGAACCGCCAACGGCUGCACCGGCAACAGCUCCUCCGAAACCUACACCUCAACCAAGCUUCCAGCAAUGGUCGCUGAAUCCCCCACAGACACCACGCCCCUCUGCACCUCCCCAUGGUGCUGCACAGCAACAAAAGCAAGCCGUUGCUGGGCAACCUGUCCCGUCUCCCUUGCCUCCGCAAGUGGCUCAGGCCAAAACUGGAAAGCCAUACCAAGGACCCUAUCCUCCGGCGCCAGCAACACCCGGUCCUGGGCCUGCAGCAAUUCCGCCUGCUCCUGGUCACGGCUUUGAAACCCCGAUUGGAGCUGCUCAAGCUCUGCUCUUAGACUCACGCCGGAGCUCACGCGCCCCCCGUCUCUCGAUCGAUACACCAGGCUCUGUCACUCCGUGGAAGAGGACGCCACGUUUGAGCAUACCACAAUCCCCUGGGUCACCCGAGCGACCGCGACCGGAAGAUGUUAGCCCCAUCAGUGAAAGGGCUCCGUCACCGUUUGAGCCUCCGGAGCCAGUUGAACCACCUGAACCUCGUCGCCGAAAACGCCGGCCUACGGAAGAAAAAGGGCGGAACGCAAGCAGCGAACGGAGUACGGAUAAGAAAGCAAACAAGACGGAGAAACCCACCCAGUCUACUCGAAAGAGACGCGCAGGUAGCACAACUUCUUCGAGAAGCCGAGGACGAUCAAUUCUUUCACGUGAUGACGAGGAUUUGCAAGGAAGGAUCAAGCAUGAAUUGCCCAGUACACCCGCUGGUGUUCCUGAAGUCCCCGAAUCAGAGUAUCGAGCUACCUCGGGUCGCAGAGGGGCGACAGCGUCAUCUCAAACCGAAGAACGACCAGGGAGGGGAAGACCCAAACGCAAACGCGAGCCGAGCGAAGCACCAGAACCAGACAUCCUUCAAGCUGAACUCAGCCGCCUUGAUUCGACUCAAUAUGUGCUAUGUGCGCGUAACUUCCCGCGGACUGGUGCACCGAUCAUGAACGAUGUCACUAUGCACAAGCAUGCGUCGAUAUUCACCAAGCCCUUGACCGAACGUGACGCUCCGGGGUAUCGAGACCUCAUAUACCGACCCCAGGAUCUGAAAUCGAUCAAAUCUUCUAUCCACCAGGGAAGUAAAGGCGUAGCCGCUGCCACUGAAGCAGCCAACACACCUGUUGCGGACGGAGAAUCUCCCGUACCUAAUGCCGGGACACCAUCUAAGAAUGCUGUCCUCAUCCUGCAGAAGACGGAAGACGUCAUUCCUCCCAAAGGAGUUGUGAACUCAGCACAGCUGGAGAAGGAGUUGAUCCGUAUGUUCGCCAACGCCAUCAUGUUCAAUCCCAUCCCUCAACGCGGGUUCGGACCUGCUUUCCCGAUGAUCAGUGACAGCGGAUCUAGAGAAAGCACACAGGUCCCCGAAGUGGACGAAGGCGGCAUCAUCAAAGAUACCCAUGAGAUGUUCGAUGAUGUUGAACAGGCAGUCACACGAUGGCGGGCAGCAGAACGGACGGCAGAUGAGUUGGCCAGUAAGAGUGUUCUAUCUCUACGGCGAGGAAGUCCCAGUGAAUUCAACACGGACACUCCGGAUGAAGUGAGAGGGUAA